CCCCGCCACCUCCCCUCACCCCGCCUCCUUCCCGUUCCCCACCCCCAAACCCUCUCACCCGCGGCAGUCCGGUGCGAGGCCCCCUCCGGAAGGUGAGGGGAAUGGAUUGGACUCCGGUGGGGAAAGCGGGUGUCUAGAAGUGGUGCUAAUGGGAAGAGAAUUCUGGUUUCAAAAGAGGAUGCUCUGCCACAAAGAGCGGCUCGCGCGCUGGCCUGGGCUCUAGCCGAGGAGAGAUCCCGGGAGAACUCCAGAGCUCCGGGGGAGCGCUCCUCGGAAGACCGGGGCCAACAUGCCUGUGCGCAGGGGGCAUGUGGCACCACAAAAUACAUUUCUGGGGACCAUCAUUCGGAAAUUUGAAGGGCAAAAUAAAAAAUUUAUCAUUGCAAAUGCCAGAGUGCAGAACUGUGCCAUCAUUUAUUGCAACGAUGGGUUCUGUGAGAUGACUGGUUUCUCCAGGCCAGAUGUCAUGCAAAAGCCAUGCACCUGCGACUUUCUCCAUGGACCUGAGACCAAGAGGCAUGAUAUUGCCCAAAUUGCCCAGGCAUUGCUGGGGUCAGAAGAGAGAAAAGUGGAGGUCACCUACUAUCACAAAAAUGGGUCCACUUUUAUUUGUAACACUCACAUAAUUCCAGUGAAAAACCAAGAGGGCGUGGCUAUGAUGUUCAUCAUUAAUUUUGAAUAUGUGACGGAUAAUGAAAAUGCUGCCACCCCACAGAGGGUAAACCCAAUAUUACCAGUCAAAACUGUAAACCGGAAAUUUUUCGGGUUCAAAUUCCCUGGUCUGAGAGUUCUCACUUACAGAAAGCAGUCCUUACCACAAGAAGACCCCGAUGUGGUGGUCAUCGAUUCAUCUAAACACAGUGAUGAUUCAGUAGCCAUGAAGCAUUUUAAGUCUCCUACAAAAGAAAGCUGCAGCCCCUCUGAAGCAGAUGACACAAAAGCUUUGAUACAGCCCAGCAAAUGUUCUCCCUUGGUGAAUAUAUCUGGACCUCUUGACCAUUCCUCUCCCAAAAGGCAAUGGGACCGACUCUACCCUGACAUGCUGCAGUCAAGUUCCCAGCUGUCCCAUUCCAGAUCAAGGGAAAGCUUAUGUAGUAUACGGAGAGCAUCUUCAGUUCAUGAUAUAGAAGGAUUCGGCGUCCACCCCAAGAACAUAUUUAGAGACCGACAUGCCAGCGAAGACAAUGGUCGCAAUGUCAAAGGGCCUUUUAAUCAUAUCAAGUCAAGCCUCCUGGGAUCCACAUCAGAUUCAAACCUCAACAAAUACAGCACCAUUAACAAGAUUCCACAGCUCACUCUGAAUUUUUCAGAGGUCAAAACUGAGAAAAAGAAUUCAUCGCCUCCUUCUUCAGAUAAAACCAUUAUUGCACCCAAGGUUAAGGAUCGAACACACAAUGUGACCGAGAAAGUGACCCAGGUUCUCUCUUUAGGAGCGGAUGUCCUGCCUGAAUACAAACUGCAGACACCACGCAUCAACAAGUUUACGAUAUUGCACUACAGCCCUUUCAAGGCAGUCUGGGACUGGCUUAUCCUGCUGUUGGUCAUAUACACUGCUAUAUUUACUCCCUACUCCGCAGCCUUCCUCCUCAAUGACAGAGAAGAACAGAAAAGACGAGAAUGUGGCUAUUCUUGUAGCCCUUUGAAUGUGGUAGACUUGAUUGUGGAUAUUAUGUUUAUCAUAGAUAUUUUAAUAAACUUCAGAACAACAUAUGUAAAUCAGAAUGAAGAAGUGGUAAGUGAUCCCGCCAAAAUAGCAAUACACUACUUCAAAGGCUGGUUCCUGAUUGACAUGGUUGCAGCAAUUCCUUUUGACUUGCUGAUUUUUGGAUCAGGUUCUGAUGAGACAACAACAUUAAUUGGUCUUUUGAAGACUGCCCGACUCCUCCGUCUUGUGCGCGUGGCCAGGAAACUGGAUCGAUAUUCAGAAUAUGGCGCUGCUGUUCUAAUGCUCUUAAUGUGCAUCUUUGCCCUGAUUGCUCACUGGCUGGCUUGCAUUUGGUAUGCGAUUGGGAAUGUAGAAAGGCCUUAUCUGACUGACAAAAUCGGAUGGUUGGAUUCCUUAGGACAACAAAUUGGGAAACGUUACAAUGACAGUGACUCAAGUUCUGGACCAUCCAUUAAAGACAAAUACGUCACAGCACUUUAUUUUACCUUCAGCAGUUUAACCAGUGUAGGAUUCGGGAAUGUGUCUCCUAACACGAAUUCGGAGAAAAUCUUUUCAAUUUGUGUCAUGUUGAUUGGCUCACUAAUGUAUGCAAGCAUUUUUGGGAAUGUAUCUGCAAUUAUCCAAAGACUAUACUCGGGAACUGCCAGGUACCACAUGCAGAUGCUGCGAGUAAAAGAGUUCAUUCGCUUUCACCAAAUCCCCAACCCUCUGAGGCAACGUCUUGAAGAAUAUUUCCAGCACGCAUGGACUUACACCAAUGGCAUUGAUAUGAACAUGGUCCUAAAGGGUUUUCCAGAAUGCUUACAAGCAGACAUUUGUCUACAUCUCAAUCAGACGUUGCUGCAAAACUGCAAAGCCUUUCGGGGGGCAAGUAAAGGUUGCCUUAGAGCUUUGGCAAUGAAGUUCAAGACCACCCAUGCACCUCCAGGAGACACCCUCGUUCACUGUGGGGAUGUCCUCACUGCACUUUAUUUCUUAUCCAGAGGUUCCAUUGAAAUUCUCAAAGAUGACAUUGUGGUGGCUAUUCUGGGAAAAAAUGAUAUAUUUGGAGAAAUGGUUCAUCUUUAUGCCAAACCUGGAAAGUCUAAUGCAGAUGUAAGAGCCCUCACAUACUGUGACUUGCAUAAGAUUCAGCGAGAAGACUUGUUAGAGGUUUUGGAUAUGUAUCCUGAGUUUUCUGAUCACUUUCUAACAAACCUAGAGUUAACUUUCAACCUAAGGCAUGAGAGUGCAAAGGCUGAUCUUCUACGAUCACAAUCCAUGAAUGAUUCGGAAGGAGACAACUGUAAACUACGAAGAAGGAAAUUGUCAUUUGAAAGUGAAGGAGAUAAAGAAAACAGUACAAAUGAUCCUGAAGACUCUGCAGAUACCAUAAGACAUUAUCAGAGUUCCAAGAGACACUUUGAAGAGAAAAAAAGCAGAUCGUCAUCUUUCAUCUCCUCCAUUGAUGAUGAACAAAAGCCGCUCUUCUCAGGAAUAGUAGAUUCUUCUCCAGGAAUAGGGAAAGCAUCUGGGCUCGAUUUUGAAGAAACAGUGCCCACCUCAGGAAGAAUGCACAUAGAUAAAAGAAGUCACUUUUGCAAAGAUAUCACUGACAUGCGAAGCUGGGAACGAGAAAAUGCACAUCCCCAGCCUGAAGACUCCAGUCCAUCCGCACUUCAGCGAGCUGCCUGGGGUAUCUCUGAAACCGAAAGCGACCUCACCUACGGGGAAGUGGAACAAAGAUUAGAUCUGCUCCAGGAACAACUUAACAGGCUUGAAUCCCAAAUGACCACUGACAUCCAGACCAUCUUACAGUUGCUGCAGAAACAAACCACUGUGGUCCCCCCAGCCUACAGUAUGGUAACAGCAGGAGCAGAAUAUCAGAGACCCAUCAUCCACCUGAUGAGAACCAGUCAACCGGCAGCAUCCAUCAAAACUGACCGAAGUUUCAGCCCUUCCUCACAAUGUCCUGAAUUUCUAGACCUUGAAAAAUCUAAACUUAAAUCCAAAGAAUCCCUUUCAAGUGGGGUGCAUCUGAACACAGCUUCAGAAGACAACUUGACUUCACUUUUAAAACAAGACAGUGAUCUCUCUUUAGAGCUUCACCUGCGGCAAAGAAAAACUUACCUUCAUCCAAUUAGGCAUCCUUCUUUGCCAGAUUCAUCCCUAAGCACUGUAGGAAUCAUGGGUCUUCAUAGGCAUGUUUCUGAUCCUGGUCUUCCAGGGAAAUAAUCAUUUUGUACUAUUUACUCCACAUACAAUGUAAGUGCUUUUAAUGGCUGUUUUCCUUUUUCUAUUUAAAUCCUCUCUACUUGACUCAGGGGCUCACAAGGUACCAUUAUAUGCAAAAGUACUGUAUAUUUUCCUAAAUUGAAGCUUGUAAGGUAAAACUGAGCAGUUAGGAUGUAAAUAUACAUAAGAACUUUUGGUUCCAAAUGUUAAAACUGCCAGCAUCUCACGGCACCUUAUUUUUUAUUUUUAUUUUUAAAAUCACAUGCAUGUUAGGAAACUCCAAUUUCUCUUGCAUGGAGACUCCUAUUUACUGCUUUUACUAAACCAGUACUUUGUUAUGAAAAUGCCUUCCAUGCAAAUAAGAAACCAAGGGAUAAAACUGUUCAUGGAUGCAACUCAGAUUCAGAUGAUCCUCAACUCAUGGGAAUUCCAGGGGGAUAAAGGGAACUUAGUCACUUUUGCAAACAGAUUCAGGUCCUUCCGUAUCAAGAAGUUUAAAGUUAAUUACAUUCAUUCCUCCACACUGGAAGAAAAAAUACAAAGUUUGAGUUAUAAACCUCUGACAGUAUAGGAAGCCAUAUCCAAAAACUAAACAUAGGCCAACAUUAAUGAGAACAAAGGUCUUUCUAUUUAAAAUUAGUCACUAAUUGCAUUUACAAACCAUCUAAAGUAUUUUCCACUGGCACAAUUCCUAGAAGGCUUAAAAACAAAUUUCUCUCAUUUUGCUUUUUUUCUGGAGGCGGGGGAUGGUGUGGUCUGCUUAAGAACUGCUAAACUGUGAUCAACACAAACUGAUAUCCACAGCUUUCUUGUGAUUCACAUUUUAAAGCAAUCCUGAAUUUGAUCAAAAUAGUGGACAUACAGCCUGGACAACAUGGCAAAACCCCAUCUCUACAAAAAAUUUUAAAAAUUAGCAGGGUGUGGUAAUUCACGCCAGUAAACCCAGCUACUUGAGAGGCUGAGGUGGGAGGAUGGGUUGAGCUUGGGAGGUCAAGAGUGCAACAGGCCUUGAUCACACCACUGCACUCCUGCCUGACAAUACAGUAAGACCCUAUCUCAAAAAAUAAAUAAAAAAUAGUAGACACAGUUUUCAAAAAAUGUGCAAUUUCAGCAGGUUUGCAUGGCAACACUAGUUUCCCUUAAGUAUAUGUUAUUCCAUGUCUAAUUCCAGCUGCGGGAAAGCAAUGGGCCUAGAAAGAAAAUGCACGACCAGCAGUAAAAUUGCAGUUGUGUUUAGUUAUUCCAACACUUUUGCCAAUUGCAAAUUAAAUAAAAAUCUACUAUGUAUGGAUUGGAAUAAAUAUAUGUUGACCUCAGAAUAUCAGAACAUACAAUGUAUCUUUCAAUUAAAAUAUCUUCAACUGUUAGAUUUUUUGUGGGGCUCAUAUGUACCUCAUAAAAUUGGGGUUAAGAAAAACGGUAUAAUUUAAGAUUCUGAUCAGUCAAGUUCUAGUUAAGAAAUGUUAUUUUUCAAUUCAAGUACAAUUUUAAAAUUAUGAACUCUGAUCCGUUAUAUCUUUUCUUGCUGAACAAAAAUAUCGAAAUUUAUUGAAAGUUUCUUAGUCCAUUAAGAACAUUUUAUCAGUGCACAUUACUAAAUGGGUUAACUUCUAUCCCUUCAGGAUAUUGAAACUUUGACACUGAUCUCUUAAUCAGCUUCAAAUGCAAGCUAUUUAAAUUUGCACUGUUUAAAAUGUGAUUAAAGUGACCUAGAUUGCCCCCUAUAUAUUUUUAAAUGGUCACAUAAAUUGGUAAUCCAUGUGGAAGGCAAUCUGUAAGCAAAAGCAUGUUCUUAUUCCUGCUUAAUUUUUGAAAAACCAAAACACAAAUGUUCAAGUGCAUUAUUCAAAAUGACCAGUCAAUUCCAAUAUACACUAUUAUACAAAAGUGUAAUAAUUAUAACCAGCUUCCCAAACUAUUUGGUGUUAUGCAGAUACAAACUUAGGGGCUAACUGAUGCUUUCACUUCCUCACUCAACAAACAUUCAAUGGGUGCCUAGCAGGGAAGAGAAAGUCCCAUAAAUGGCUAACUCUGAUUCAGAGGACUAUUUUGGGAUUUUAUUUCCAUAUUGGGACACGUUUUUGCAGCUGCAACAAAUUUCAUAAGGAUUGCCGGCCUAAGUUCAGGAACAUUCAGAAUGAAUUCACCAGAGAAUGUUCAUUUGUAGGGAGAGAGGAUUUGGCAGGUGAGGAAUGGAGAUCUGAUUAGUGAAUGCCUCAGCUGCAACAUUUGGUAUGACAUGCAUAAAAUCCAGCCUCCCACAUAAAACUUGUUUAUAUUUCUUUAUGAAACCCGAGCAUGAAGAAAUAGGAAGAUGGGGAAUGGUGUGCAAGCAUCCAAUUUAUUUAAAUUCUAGCACAACACAAACCUUUUUCUUAAUUCCUUGACAUAAUUGCUUAUAGUAAAAUCUUAACCCUCAGAGAGUUGGACAGGAUUAGGAAGGUCCCUUCCUACAGGAUAUUAGCUUAAAAAGAGACUGAGCAAUAUAAAGAUGUGAUUAGUUGGGCAUAAACGUCAGAAGACUCAAUGGCUAAAGUGACUUACAGAUGACCAAAGCAAUUAUCUUGAUGUACAAAAUUCAUCCCUUUCCCCAGCCAAAGAUCUAAUGCCUAAAUGUACCAUCAUCCCCCCUGUUGGCUAUUGCAAAAACAGUCUGACCUCUCCAUCUAGGGAUCAUGCCGAGGGCCAGGUUGAACUGCUGCAGCCAAUCAUAAUUGCAAUGUAGCAAAUGUUUUCCUUCUAGGUAAUUAGAAGCACUAGCAUAACACCUUUUGCUCUCCUCCUAAAAAUAAUGUUACCUGGUCCCCUGGCCUAAAUAAAAUGUCAUUUAAAAUCCAAA